AAACAUGAGAUAGUAAUAAAUUAGAACUUACCUAACAAAUUAAAUUCGUAAAAGAAAUGCACGUGCUCACAGGAUUUAUUUAUUUAUUUUUUUUAAAUGUAUAUGAAAUCGUUUCUUAAUUGGAACGUCGUUUUUAAGUAUUACAGUAGUUUAUUUUGUCUAGAAGCAGUUAAAAUGCUUUAAUGAUGGAUUUGUUUUUAUACAAAAACAGAGUGUUUAUGAUGAGGUUAAUUGAUGGACUGGAAAUUUGUGUGGAUCAUUCUGAUGAAGUUGUUUGAUGGCACCCGUCACUGCAGAAGGUUUGUUCCGAUGAGGAAACAAGCGCAUUUAGAUCUCGGAUGGCCUGAGGAUGGAUAAAUUAAAAAGCAGAUUUAGAUUUUCUGGCGAACUAUUGCUUCGAGGCAAAUUAAAAAUAAACACAACUGCUAAACACAACCCUAAAACGCAUCCGGCAGCAUCAAAUUCUUGAAAAUUUGUGUAAAACCCGGUUUUACAACACCUUCAAGAUUAUGCUCAUUAGUUCUGAACCUGAAAGUGUAGGAUCAUUUAUAUUAAUAUUUACAAACUACCGUAGCUGCUUAAAGAAAGCAAAAUGUCCUUGCAUGAUAGGAGUCAAGGAGCCAGCAGCCUGACAGUUUUUUGUUCUAAAAUAGCUUGUUGAUUAAUGGCCAUGCCAUUUUCUAUAUGGGGAAAAAAGGAUAGGGAGUCAGGGGCACCGAAGGGCAGGGAGAUAAGGCGUCUGAAGGCCCUCAAGUGACUAGUCACAAUUCCGUUCUACUCAAUAUCAUAGAUUUUUCAUAUAUAAUCAAUGCAGUUUAAUUUUUUGGGGCAUUUAUAGCACUGAGCUCAAUGUUGUGUGGAACACAAUUGCACCUCAGAGAGAAAUGCUUCCUUUGCUAGCAACAGCAUUAAAAACAAAGGGAUAUAUCUACUUAUUGCAUGCAGCAUUCUAGACAUGCAGUCAGGUUUACUGAUAAAAUACUGAACCAGUUGGCAUUUUUAGUCUUCGGCAUCAAUCUUUUUACCGCAAUGUGUCAUGAUUUUAUUACAUUUUCUUUCCUGACAAGGUUUUUUUAAUUGUCUUGGCCAAAUGUAGAUGUCAAUGUAUGCAUACCUUUAUAGGUUUGUUUUUGGCUCCGAAAUGCUGUCUUCUAUCUCAUAGUUGACUCGUGUCUCCUUUAAUAAAGCAUUGAUUAUGGGGAAGGUGACAUGAGAAUUAGGAUGCAGGUAGGUAUCAAGUGACCCAUAUGCUUCCUCGAUUGCACAGUUGGACAAAAGAAUCUCCUGUUGCCCCAUUCAUCCAUAUCUCCAAUCAAACUUGGCUUGUUUCGGACCUUUGGUUUAAUCUUGAGAGGCUUUAGUGGCUGUCCACAAAAAGCUAUUGUAUCUUACUUAAUUAUAACCUCAGAAAUGAUCUGACCUGUCCGGUGCCAGGUGCAGUGAAGUGUGCAAAAGCUUGCAUGCCAUGAGGUCCCAUUGGAUAAGGAAAAGAAACACUAGAUGCCCAUCGUGAUCGGAUAAGUGGAAAAUAACCUAACAAUGUUAGAUCUGAAAAAAAGGCAGAGAAGCUUCGGUAAAGACCUAAUGGAAAGUUUUUCCCUCCCCUCUGUUUCUGAGACUUCUGGGUACCCUAAAAAGGGAGCAAUCUGAGCCCCAAGCCUUUUUUCUGACUUUUUACUUUUUCUUUUUUUAACUUUACUUCCCACACCACUCCUGUGAGUCUGAGUCCAUUCGGAAGGUUACUGUUCAAAGUCAGCAUGGAUCAUCCAGGAGGACACCUUGCUGUGGUUCUGCUCGUACUUGUUUUGGUUUCUAUGUCCACCCAAAACAACAUUAUCAGGUGGUGCACAGUAUCUGAUGUCGAAGAGCAAAAGUGUUUGGAUCUAGCUGGGAACACCACAGCCAGGAACAUCCGCGGACAACUCCUGUGUGUGAGAGGCCAAAGUCCAACUGACUGCAUGAAGCAAAUAAAGAAUGGCACUGCAGAUGCCUCCACUAUGUAUGCUGAUGAGAUCUACACAGCUGGGUUUUGCUAUGGUUUAGAUGUGGCUGUGGGAGAGUCAUAUAACGGUGUGGAUGGCAUUAAUUAUUAUGUGGUUGCACUGGCACGGACAUCAUCCAGCGAUCUGUCUUUGCUGGAGAUGCACGAACGCAGUUCUUGUCACCCAGGGAUGCGGACCACCGUGGGCUGGACCGUCCCCAUCGGCUUCCUGGUCAACACAUCUCAGAUCAGCGUGGAUGAGCAGUGCAACUUUCCCCAUGCGGUAGGAGAUUUCUUUGGCUACAGCUGUGUCCCAGGAGUGAAGGACCCGGAACAUGAUCCCAAAGGAAACAACCCAAGGAACCUGUGUGAGGCCUGCAUCGGGGACGAGAACGACCGCCACAUCUGUGCCAACAACCCUCGGGAACGACACUUCGGGGAGGCUGGAGCUCUUAGGUGUGUGGCAGAGAAUCUCGGGGAUGUUGCUUUUGUUAAGCACACUACAGUCUUCGACAACAUGCAGGGCAAGAACCAGGAGUCUUGGGCGCUGGACCUGGAGCUGGAAGACUUGAAGCUCUUGUGUCCUGACGGGAGAGAAGCAAACCUGUUCCAACACGAGAGCUGUCACCUGGCUGUGGUGCCAACCAAUGCUGUGGUAGUGCGUUUGGAGGACAAAUGCCGCGUUUACAAGUUCUUGGAACGUGUGCAGAAUGCAUUUGCUAAUACCACUGAAGGAUUCUCUUUGUUCAGCUCGGUGAAUUAUGGGCAGCCUGAUGUGCUGUUCAGCGAUUCCACCAAAAAGUUGCUGCGUGUUAUGGGGACCUACACUUCCUGGUUGGGGCCCAGUUACACCACCAUACUAAAGGCUUUUGAGUGUGAAGGUCUGUGUUGAUCUGAUGAAGGAAGAGGAAACUAUAGAUCUCCCCUCCAAUUUUCUCACACUAACUCAAAAGCACUGUGUGUAAAGUGUGUUACUCUCGUAUAUGGGCUGAACGCCAGCUCUCAACUGUGCUUUGUAGUACUGCUAUCACUGUUCUGUUCUCACGGUGUUUGUAUGGCUUCAUAUAACACAUUUACUUGAUAUUACACCUCUUUGAGUCUCUGCCGCUAAAGCUAAGUUCCUGCCAUGUGAAAAUACAAAAAUAAACACAAAAAGAUCUAAACUUCUAUGCAGAAAAGGACUGCAGGGGAACGCACCACAAAUCAUGAUGGAAUUCCGUCUUCCAAGUAAAUACGCGACAAACCAACCGAGGGAUGCAAAGGUUUCUGAGUACAAAAUACACGCUUUCAGGGCCAAAGCAUACUUAAUGCAAGUACAUGAACGCAAAUGCGUUUUGUUUAAACAGCUAAAAAUGUAUCGUGCGCUGUGUUUUUUUCUUCUUCUCUUAGAUCAACUAAUAUUACAUGCCUGAAUAAUCUGUUAACAAGUUAACUAUCGUCCUUUAAACAGCCACAAAAAAAAAAAAACGCAUUUAGAUACAAUACAAAAAAUACAUGUCGUAGCAUUUUUGUUCUUUUAACAUACAAAUAUUUAAAAUUCCCAAAUCAGCAUGCAUUUACGUGAGAAAGACAAUUACUUAAGAUAUUAAGUCUUGUUUUUCUGGAACAAUUAUCAAAAUAUCAAGAAAAAUAAAGCUAUUUCAAACAAAAAACAAGAUUAUAAACUCACUUAUUUAUUUAUUUUUAAUCCGUGUACAUGUUCAUUGGCAUCUGAGUUUGCGUACUUGCACAUAGUAUGCUUCUGAUUAAAGCUUUUAACUUGAAAAUAUCAUAUUCGUGUAUCUGAACUAGUGGGGUGCAGAUAUCGAGGAAUUAAAAAUGAGAAGAUACGAAUAAGUUAAAAAUAUAUAAAUACAAAGAAAGCAACACAACGAUAGGGCAUAAAACGUUUAAAGGCGGACAGACUUAUGGUCGGUUGUUACAUAACAGGUGCUUUAAAGGUGCUGUUUCCAGACCCUUCAGGAUAACAAAUUACCAACUUGAACUUCAGUGUAAAUAGUCUUGUCACUAUUAGAUUUACAGAACCUUCUCUUAUUAAUAAAA